AUGCACGCCCGCAUCCUUCCGUUUCUUAGCCUCGCGCUCCUCGCCGUCGCCGCUCCUCCUACUCCCCCAACAAUAACGCGCCUUGUCUUCUCCGGCUCCGGCUGCCCCAACGACUCGGGCUCUGUCACGUCCGACACGACGACUCUCGGGGACUCGGCCGGCGUGUCCUUUUCCCAGCUCAAAGGCGACUCGACGAACAAUUGUGGCGUACACAUUCAGUCUUCUGGUGCAAGUCCUGGCUGGCAGGUUGCGCUCCAGCAGGCGGAUUACGCGGGCAAUGUGGAGUUGAAAGGAAACAGCGGGGUGAAUACGCUUACGCAAGUUUUUUGGAGCGAGAAUGCGGGGGAUACGGGUCUUCUCUCAGGUGGCUUGAUGAGUACAGGGCCAGACGUCAAGGAUUACGUUACGGUGCGGAGUAGCGCUUCGGAUCUCAAGUGGUCCAGGUGCACGGGGUCAGAUGGCAAUCCGGGGAUUCUGAAUGUCAACUUUCGACCGGUUGUGCAGGGCGAGUUUGGGAAAUAUGAUUUCAAGCAUGCGAGGUGGACGCUUGCGUGGCGGGAAUGCUAG